AUGGACAAAAAACAACAUACUAUGAUAUUCAAGAUCAAGCAAUCUAAAGAUGAGGAAAGUACGAAAAUAUGCCAGCAACAAAGGAAACAAACAAAAAUAAAAAUAGAUACAAUUGGAAAAUCAACAGCAGAACUUUACAUAGAAGAUGAAAAAUCGAGUCCUGAAUUAAGUCCUGUGAAACUUCCAGAAAAUUUAGUAGAGGAGCAAUCGGUAGAAGAAACUCAUUUACCUUGGCUAAGAGGUAAAAAGAAACCAAAAAAAGUUGAAGAAAUUGAAACAAAACCUGAAGAUAUUCGGUCUGUUGUUCUGAAAACAACGAAACGCAGAAUAAAACCCGAAGACAAAAAAGAAAUAGAAGAAAUUAAAUUGAAACCCACUGAAAAAAUGACUAAACCUACGAAAUCAAAAGACGACAUUCCUUUGAAACCUGUUAAACAAACAACAUCAGAUGAAAUUAGUAAAGAAAUAGGAAAGGAUACAGAAGAUGUAGAAAUGCAAGAUGAUAAAGUUGUGGAAGAGGAAAAAAUAGAAGAAACAACAAUAUCAUGGAGAGUUGGAAAGAAAAAGCCUGAAAAACGAACAGUAAAGGAAAAUAUAGAGGAUAAGAAAACAUUGGAUAGAUUUGGAAAAUCAACAGCGGAACUUUACAUAGAAGAUGAAAAAUCGAGUCCUGCAUUAAGUCCUGUGAAGCUUCCAGAAAAUGAAGUAGAGGAGCAAUCGGUAGAAGAAACUCAUUUACCUUGGCUAAGAGGUAAAAAGAAACCAAAAAAAGUUGAAGAAAUUGAAACAAAACCUGAAGAUAUUCGGUCUGUUGUUCUGAAAACAACGAAACGCAGAAUAAAACCCGAAGACAAAAAAGAAAUAGAAGAAAUUAAAUUGAAACCCACUGAAAAAAUGACUAAACCUACGAAAUCAAAAGACGACAUUCCUUUGAAACCUGUUAAACAAACAACAUCAGAUGAAAUUAGUAAAAAAAUAGGAAAGGAUACAGAAGAUGUAGAAAUGCAAGAUGAUAAAGUUGUGGAAGAGGAAAAAAUAGAAGAAACAACAAUAUCAUGGAGAGUUGGAAAGAAAAAGCCUGAAAAACGAACAGUAAAGGAAAAUAUAGAGGAUAAGAAAACAUUGGAUAGAUUUGGAAAAUCAACAGCGGAACUUUACAUAGAAGAUGAAAAAUCGAGUCCUGCAUUAAGUCCUGUGAAGCUUCCAGAAAAUGAAGUAGAGGAGCAAUCGGUAGAAGAAACUCAUUUACCUUGGCUAAGAGGUAAAAAGAAACCAAAAAAAGUUGAAGAAAUUGAAACAAAACCUGAAGAUAUUCGGUCUGUUGUUCUGAAAACAACGAAAAGCAGAAUAAAACCCGAAGACAAAAAAGAAAUAGAAGAAAUUAAAUUGAAACCCACUGAAAAAAUGACUAAACCUACGAAAUCAAAAGACGACAUUCCUUUGAAACCUGUUAAACAAACAACAUCAGAUGAAAUUAGUAAAAAAAUAGGAAAGGAUACAGAAGAUGUAGAAAUGCAAGAUGAUAAAGUUGUGGAAGAGGAAAAAAUAGAAGAAACAACAAUAUCAUGGAGAGUUGGAAAGAAAAAGCCUGAAAAACGAACAGUAAAGGAAAAUAUAGAGGAUAAGAAAACAUUGGAUAGAUUUGGAAAAUCAACAGCGGAACUUUACAUAGAAGAUGAAAAAUCGAGUCCUGCAUUAAGUCCUGUGAAGCUUCCAGAAAAUGAAGUAGAGGAGCAAUCGGUAGAAGAAACUCAUUUACCUUGGCUAAGAGGUAAAAAGAAACCAAAAAAAGUUGAAGAAAUUGAAACAAAACCUGAAGAUAUUCGGUCUGUUGUUCUGAAAACAACGAAAAGCAGAAUAAAACCCGAAGACAAAAAAGAAAUAGAAGAAAUUAAAUUGAAACCCACUGAAAAAAUGACUAAACCUACGAAAUCAAAAGACGACAUUCCUUUGAAACCUGUUAAACAAACAACAUCAGAUGAAAUUAGUAAAAAAAUAGGAAAGGAUACAGAAGAUGUAGAAAUGCAAGAUGAUAAAGUUGUGGAAGAGGAAAAAAUAGAAGAAACAACAAUAUCAUGGAGAGUUGGAAAGAAAAAGCCUGAAAAACGAACAGUAAAGGAAAAUAUAGAGGAUAAGAAAACAUUGGAUAGAUUUGGAAAAUCAACAGCGGAACUUUACAUAGAAGAUGAAAAAUCGAGUCCUGCAUUAAGUCCUGUGAAGCUUCCAGAAAAUGAAGUAGAGGAGCAAUCGGUAGAAGAAACUCAUUUACCUUGGCUAAGAGGUAAAAAAAAGUCUAAAAAAAUAGUCGAAUUUCAAGAAACCGUUCAAGUUCAUUCAUUAGAUCAAACAAAAUUGCUUGAUGUAGUUGAUUCAAAGAUCGAUAGAAAUGUUAAUAUCGUAGAAAUGAAACAAGAAAUAAAGCAAAAAGAACAAACUGAAUUAAAUAUUUCGAAAAACAUUACUUCCGCUCCUCAAUUUAUUCAAAAACUUCAACCAUUGAUUUGUGAAUCUAACAAACCAGCUAAAUUUUCAUGCAAGGUUAUUGGAAAUCCAAUUCCUAAAAUUGCCUGGUAUAAAAAUGAAAAAGAAUUGCAUGCUAAUGAAAAAUAUCUAAUAAGUGAAGUCGAGACUACUGCAGUUUUAGAAAUAAAAGAUAUUAUUAAAGAAGAUGUCGGUAGAUAUACAUGUACAGCUUCAAAUCUUGUAGGAGUUGCAACUUCAACUGUUAAUCUUAUUAUACUUGAUAAAGAAGAAGAAGGUAUUGCUGCACAUUUCUCAAAUCCUAUAAAACCUGUAGUAGUUGAAGAAAAUAAGCCAGCAAUAUUCCAAUGUACAGUUAAAGGAAAUCCUACUCCCGAAUUGAAAUGGUAUCGCGAUGAAACUGAAAUUAAACCAAAGAGAGGUAUAACUGAAAUUAGUUUUAUACCAGAAACGGGAGAAAGUAAAUUAAUUAUUUGUAAGCCGACGUUCGAUGAUGAAGCAAUUUAUCGAGUACGAGCAUUGAAUAAAUUUGGUCGCGCAGAAUGUAGGACAAAUCUUCUUAUUAAUAAUGCAGCUAUUGUAAUGAAGCCAGAAAUACUUCAUGCGCCAAAGAUAAUCGAACCUUUACCUGCAGUAGUGGCACAAUGUGGUAAAUCAUUAACACUUACAGUAAAAUUCGAGAGUGAUUCUAAACCUGAAAUUAAGUGGUUUAAAAAUAAUGUUGAAAUCACUUCAUCUUCGAAUAAAGUUAUAAGGACAUUUGAAAAUGUUGCAGAGCUUUAUAUUAGUGAAGUUGAAAAGAAAGAUACAGGAAAAUAUGAAAUUCGUGUUCAAAAUAGUAUCGGAGAAGCUCGAAGUUCUGGAUCAGUAUCAAUAAAAGAUAAAGGAGAUAAAAUAGAUGAAGCAAAGGCACCGAAAUUUAUCCAACCCAUUCAGCCACAUAUUACUACUCUUGGAGAAGUAGUUAUUAUGGAAACAACAGUUGAAUCUUAUCCGACGGCAUCAUUCCAAUGGUUUCACGAAUGCCAACCUCUUAAAACGUCGCAUGAAAUACGCAUUGUAUCGAAAGAAAAUAGAUCUGUACUUAUGAUUAAGGAAAUAAAACCAGAAAGUAUUGGAACAUAUACAUGUCGAGCUGAAAACGUAAUAGGAUCGGUCACGAGUACCGCUACAAUAAGUUUUCAAGAAAUACAAUGGGAAAAAACUGUCGAACUUAUAUCACCUACUUUUAUAAAAAAACUUUCUCCAAUUUGUGUGAUGGAUGGCGAAAGUGUAAAUUUGACUUGUGUCAUUCAAGGCAAACCUAUUCCAAAAGUUGAAUGGUUUCACGAUAAGAAACCAAUAAAAGAAGGAAAACAGAUAACAAUUUUGCAAGAUUCAGAAGGCGUAUGUAACUUGGCAAUUAGUGAAGUUUUUCCGGAAGAUGCCGGAGAAUAUACUUGUCACGCUAUAAAUACAAUAGGUGAAGCUGUCUGUAGCGCGUCGUUGAUUGUCGAAGCAUACGAAUAUAUACCUGACUCGGAAAUAGCAUCAUCAGCCGUAGCGACAUCUCUUACAACUGGUCAAAGUGAAUCCGAAGAAGACUUUUCAUCUCCAAAAGUAAUGAAUUUGUUCAAUUUAUCCUUCUAA